AGCGAAAGCGCGCUAACACAGCAGCAGGAGGAGCAGGCGGCGACAGCAAGCUCGAUAGGGGGCGAGUGAAAAUGGGGCUGACAAGAGAAGAAGCUCUCAAAAUCAUGGGCCUGGAGGAAGGCUGUUCUACUAAAGAGGUCAGGGACAGAUUCAAGAAAUUAGCUCUAAAGUGGCAUCCAGAUAAGAACAUUGAUAACCCUGAUGACGCUCAGAAGAAAUUCCAAGCGAUAUCUGCAGCAUACACUAAACUGGUAUCUUCGGACAGUGAGGAGGAGGAUGAUGAUAUUCCCAACGAUUCCCUCAGAGAGAUGUUUGCCAGGAUAUGGCAGUCACACAACAGAGGAGCCUUCUCCAGCGACCCUCACCUGUUCUGUGACUGCGAUGCCUGUCAGGCAGACUGGGAGGAUCUCUCUCUUGAUGACUUCAUCGGCUCCGACUCUGACCCAGACGACGAUUUCUACUAUGACGACAGUCUGUAUGCCGAUGACCUGCUGAGGCAGUUUGGAGAAAAGCUGUACCGAAAGUACAACGAACCCUCGGGCAGAGCCGAAAAGAAGGCCAAGCAGAUGUGGACUGGUAUGUAUACACUAUGCAUCCAUUGGCUCACACUGUAUGGAAUAUCAAAGAGCAGUUCAAAUGUAUAGGGUAUAGGUGUUGUUAGUAAGUUGUGUGUCUCAAUGUGCCAACAGGUUCAGGCUAUAGAGGAAGUGUGACUGCAGAGGUGAGCUCACUAAGGUAAAGUGUGUAUAACUGUAUGAACUUCUGUGUGUGUAGGAGGCAUCCAGGAAUGCUGAUGAGUUACUGGAAGCUGAGGAGAAGGAGAAGAGAGCGGCGGAGAAGAAAAAGAAACGCAAUAGGAAGAAGAAGGAGUCUAAGAAACGUCGAAAAGCCAAACCAGAAGACGGAUGUUCGGAAGAGACUCCGCCUCCAGACAAGGAGGAGGGAGGAGGAGGAGGAGGAGAAGGCUGCAGAAGAUGAAGAGCUUCAAGAUGAGAAGGUAAUCCGUGAGACGGCUGAAGAAAGACACAAACCAGACAAGACUGAUAGCAAGGAUAAAACUGAGACUGUAAAACAAGCGAAUGUUGUGGACAACAAAAGUAGAAAGAACACUAGUGAUAAGAAGAAUGGCGGGCAGUCGGUGGCAUCCAAGAGGGGACCGACUGCUGCUGUGAAGCCAGUGCCUGGUGCAGUGGGGAAUAAGAAGAAAGGGAGAGAAGAUAAAGAUGAAGAGGAGGAAGAAACUAUAUCAAGUGAAGAUGAGCUGGAUUACAGCAGUGCCUUCCUCAGCCGUGCCAAGGUGCUAGCUGCAGCACGUGGCCCCAAGACAAAAGACAAGAAAACUCCUCCAGCGACUGAGAAAUGGCAGCAGGAAUCCCGGCAGAAAAAGAACAUUACUGAACAGAAAACUGAUACGAGACCGGAUCCCGACCCAUCUGACACGAAAACUAAAAGAAACAGGUUCAAAAUUCGGCAGCAACCACCGCAGCAGCAGCAACAGCAGGGCAGGAAUUCUAGAACUGCUAAUAGAGGACCUGGACAUUCUAAACUGGCUAGCGCGGGGAUAAAUGGCUCUGCCCCUGUGUUUACUGCUAGUAACGGACACGACCAAGUUCCCGCGGUGGGUGUGGUGGUGGAGGAGGAGGAAGAGGAGGACGAUCUGUCUCCAGUUGACAUGUCCCAAGCAAAGCUGUACCAGGCCAACAUCCCUCAGAGCAAGCUACUGGCUGGGGAAGGCAACAGGGCAGCUAAGGCAGGGGAUUUUGAGGAGGCCGUCCUCAAGUAUUCCGAGGCCAUCUCUCUCUAUCCUUUUGAUCACAGAUACUUUGGGAACCGUUCAUUCUGCUACGAUUACCUCCAAGACUAUGCCAAGGCUCUGACUGACGCCAACUCGGCUCUCAGGAUUGACAUCAACUGGGCCAAGGGGUUCUACAGGAGAGGGAGAGGGCUGGCUGGACUCAAGAGGUAUGAAGCUGCGGUGACAUCCUUCAUCAGAGCCCUGGACCUGAACCCAGAGUACGGCGAGGCCAGAGAGCAGCUGGAGAUGGUUCAGCUCGAGCAGCUCCAGGGCAUGGGGUUUCCUCUGGAGGCUAGCAGGAGAGCUCUGGCAGAGUACCACACCGUUCCAGCCGCCAUCGAGGCUAUGGUCAGAAAUACAGGAGGAGGAGGAGGAGGAGGAGGUAGCGAAGGAGGAGGAGGGAAGAAACACAAGAAACAUGGGCCAGAGUACACUCCAGUCUUCAACCACAGCGGCUUUGAGAUUCCUCCCAGAAUGCUGACCCAGACUAUUCCUCCCAAGAAUUGCUCUCUGUGGGUUGGAAACAUAAACUCUCGCUCUCUCACGCAGGCCGUGGUCACCAACCUCUUUCAAAAGCACGGCCAGGUGUUGUCAGUUCGGAUGCUCUACGAGAGGCGGUGUGCGUUUGUCAACUAUGCGAAGCCAGAGUCGGCUGCGGUGGCACUCACGAAGCUGCAGGGACACACCGUCGGUGGCUGCGUCCUCCUGCUGCGCUACCCGGAGAGCAACCCUGCCAAACCAGCCAACGAGAGCCCCCAGUCUUCUGCACCUCCUCCCAGGUCCAAACAAGGAGCCGCAGCUGCGGCCGGAGCAGUUGACGAAUGCCAGUACUGGAGGAGGUCGUCGGGGUGUUACUACGGCGAUCAGUGUCGCUACCGCCACCUCCCUGAGAGUCGGGGUGUGGACUCCGGUUACUACGGCGACCACCCCAGCCAGUAGACCACGCCUCUUUUGUCUCUUCCACGCAGUGCACUAAACGACCGAGCACCAUUGUACUAAACCGACUGUGCGAUAUUUGCACUGUUUAUAACACUCCCUCUCUGAGCAUAAUUAUUAUUAUUAUAAUAUUGUCUGCCUGUACAACUCUCACGUCCCUAACUAAUACAUGAACGUUAUAUAUCCAUAAUUUAUCCACCGUAUGACACACUGACGUGAUCUCAAGUAUAAUUUUAUACUGCACUGACAGUAAACUGCAUGAGCU